AUGGCGGCUUGUUGUCGAGUUCGAAGCCUUAAAGAUUUGAAUGAAAACAACAAUGAUGGGGCUUUUAAACUAACUGGAGAAGCGAAGAGAUGGUGGAAUUUUGAAAAAGUCAUCAGGGAAGCUGAGGGGACUGGAGUGAUUGUUUGGGCUCAAUUCAAGCAGAAUUUCUUUGAUAGAUUUUUCCCUAAGGUGGAUAGGGAAGCUAGAGCUCGAGAGUUCACCAACUUGGUGCAAGGGUCCAUGACUGUGCGCCAGUAUGCUGCAAGGUUUGCGGAAUUAUCACGCUUCGCCGCAUACUUGAUUCCUGAUGAGGAGAGGAAGACCAGAAAGUUUAAGGAAGAAUUAGUGCACAAGGCGAUGUUAGUCGAGCAGAAUCUCAAGAGGGGUGCUGAAUUGCAAGAACAGAGGAAGAGAGCUGCUCCACAAGGAUUCUCUAAUUUAGAUCAAGGGCCAUGGAAGAAGAGAAAUGAUGGAAGCAGUUCAAGUCAGAGACAGAUGCAGGGAAAUCAUACCACUAACCUUUGUAAGUUCUGUAACCGCAUACACACUGAGGAGUGCAGAAAGGAAGUGGGAUCAUGUUUCAAAUGCGGUAAGGAUGGGCACUUCAUUAGAGAAUGCCCAUUGCUUGCGGAGAACAACAGAAGGCCCAACCCACCUCAAAACUUUAGGCUGUAUAACCAAGGCAACAAUCAGCAGAGGACUGUACCGGCACAGGUGCUUGCUUUGACACCGGGAGAAGCUGAGGACAAGAAUGAUGUCAUCACAGGUAACCUGAUAGUCUUUCCUAUGAUUGGGUUUGAUGUGAUUUUGGGAAUGGAUUGGUUACCUUCCAGUUAUGCCAGUAUUGACUGCUUUAAAAAAGAAGUGGUGUUCAAAUUUCCAGAGGAGGAGGAACUUAGAUUUAUGGGUUCUAGAGGGUUCUUAGCUUUCGUGGUGAAUGAACCAAGGGAAGAAUUGGAGGAGUUAGAAGAGAAUCCUGUUGUAAGAGAAUAUCCGGAGGUUUUUCAUGAAGAUUUGUUUGGAUUGCCACCCGAGCGGGAGGUAGAGUUUGCUAUUGAGUUAGCCUCAGGCACGACACCUCUUUCCAAAGCCCCUUAUCGAAUGGCACCAUUAGAGUUAGCCGAACUCAAAGAACAGUUGCAAGACUUAUUAGACAAAGAUUUCAUCAGGCCCAGUGUGUCACCUUGGGAGCUCCAGUUUUGGGUGUUUAUUGACGACAUAUUAAUCUACUCCAAGAGCAAAGCUGAACAUGAAGACCAUCUGAGACAAGUACUGGGGACACUCAAGGAUAAGAAAUUAUUUGCUAAGUUGAAGAAGUGUGAGUUUUGGCUUGAGUCUAUUGCAUUUAUGAGACAUGUAGUCUCAAAGGAGGGUAUUUCAGUAGACCCCGGGAAAAUUGAAGCAAUAGUUAACUGGACCCAACCAACCAGUGUGCACAAAGUUAGGAGUUUCUUGGGUUUGGCUGGUUAUUGCCGUCAUUUUAUAGACAAUUUCUCAAAUAUAGCAGUUCUUCUUACCGCCUUUACCAGGAAGAACAAUAAGUAUGAAUGGACUGAUAAAUGUGAGGAAAGCUUCCAAGAAUUGAAGAAGAGAUUGGUGACAGCUCCAGUUCUGACAGUCCCUAGCGAAAGAUGA